AUGAAGACGAGGGGCAGGGAUAUCACCGGAGGGGGGGAGGGGAUGUCGCCGGAGUGGGGGAGGGGAUGUCGCCGGAGGGGGGGAGGGGGUGUCGCCAAGGGGGAUCCGGGGCAUGGGGCCCUCGAGUUCCUCGAGCCUUCGAGCCUCGUAAGCCACUGGGAAACCAUCCGCAAUCAUGAUGUCCUGGCACUCAGAGACUAUGACGGCGGCCACGAGGACGCGGAGGAGGUGGAGAAGGGGAAGGAAAUGAAGGCAUCGAGCAGUUCGAGCAGGGAACCACUGAGCAUGGAGACGGCCGGGUCCAAGUCGGCGUCUGCGGGGUUCUACGUGAAGAGGGGCGUGGCCCUGUGUCUCCUGGGUGUGGUCGUCGCUCUCAUCGCUCUCACGGCGGUCAUCGUGUAUUUCGCCGUGCCCCAGAAUCUUCAGCCGCCGGACGGCAGUUCGUCCGGACGGAGCAGUACGGAAACUUCGCUCUUGCCCGUUAAGAAUUACGAGGAUCAUCGCCUUCCCGGGCACCUGCGUCCUUCGACCUACCACGUCCGAAUCAUCCCGUUCGUGCAGCCCGGGAAUUUCACGACUCGCGGCCGGGUGCAGGUCCACCUGCACUGCGUUUCGCCGGGCAAGAACGUCACGCUGCACGCGUUGGAACUCGAGAUCGACAACACCACGCUGGACGUGUCGGACGGCAACGGGAAGCCGGUGGCCGUGUCCAAAGUGUCCCGCGACGAGGAGCGACAGUUCUUCGUCAUCCACUUGAUCGAACCGCUGAAAGUCGGCACGAACUAUACGGUGUCCAUGGACUUCACGGGGCGCAUCAACGACGGGUUGGCGGGGUUCUACCGCAGCAAAUACGUCGAGGACAACCAGACGCGGUGGUUGGCAGCGACGCAGUUCCAGGCGACGGAUGCCCGUCGUGCCUUUCCGUGUCUGGACGAGCCGGCUUUCAAGGCCAAGUUCAAGAUGACAUUUGCCAGGCCCAGAAACUUGUCCGUCAUCGCCAACAUGCCGCUCGAGAAGACACAACCCAUGCCGGAGAUGGAAGGCUGGGUGUGGGAGACGUUCGAGGAGAGCGUCCCGAUGUCCACGUACCUGGUGGGGUUCGUCGUGUCGCCAUUCGCCUACGUGGAGUCGCAGUAUCGGGUGGAGCCGCGGUUCCGGGUGUACAGUCGGCCCGAUUCGCUGGCGCAGACCCAGUAUGCACUGGACCUGGGGCCUCGGAUUCUCGAGUACUUCGAGCAGUACUUCGGUCUUCCCUUUCCCCUGCCCAAGCUGGACAUGGUCGCGCUGCCUGAUUUCAGCGCCGGCGCCAUGGAGAACUGGGGAAUCAUCACCUAUCGGGAGACGGCGAUGCUGUACGAUGGGAGUCUGUCAUCAGCCUGGGACAAGUUGUUUGUGGCGACUGUGGUAAGCCACGAACUGGCCCAUCAGUGGUUUGGCAACCUUGUCACCCCCAAAUGGUGGGAUGACCUCUGGCUCAACGAGGGGUUCGCCUCUUACAUGGAGUACGUCGGCGUCGACCGUGUUGAGCCUCGAUGGAAAAUCCUGGAUCUGCAAGUGGCCUUCGACAUCCAUCAGUCAUUCGAGACGGAUGCAUACGAGCACAGUCACCGGAUCUCCAAUCCCGUCAAUCACCCGAAUGAGAUCUCCCAGAGUUUCUCGACCGUCACCUACUCCAAAGGGGCAUCGAUCAUCCGGAUGAUGGAUUAUUUCCUCACGCACGGCACGUUCCGGCGGGGUCUCACCAAUUACUUGGAGUCCCUCAAAUACGAUGUGGCGAAGCAGGACAAUCUCUGGGCGUCCUUGACCAAGCAGGGCCACGACGAAGGGACCUUGCCGAAGGACAUGACCGUGAAAGCGAUCAUGGACACGUGGACCUUGCAGAAGGGGUUCCCCGUCCUGACCGUCAACAGGACCAAAGACGGACGGGGCACCACUGUUUCCCAGACGCGUUUCCUGCUGGGGAAGCUGGGUGCGGACGCGGAGGAAGGCGCGUUCGGGUACAAGUGGUACGUUCCCUUGUCCUACACGACGAAAUCCCGAGCGGAUUUCACAGACACACAACCCAAGGCCUGGCUCACGGCGAAGGGAGAAUCCAUCACCAUAUCGGAUCUCCCCGAGAGGGAAUGGGUCAUCUUCAACGUCCAUCAGACGGGAUACUACCGUGUCAACUACGAUCUGGACAACUGGCAGAAACUCACUAAACAGCUCCUCGAAGAUCAUCUCAAAAUAAACACGGUGAACCGGGCACAGAUCCUGGACGACGCCUUUGCCCUGGCCCGGGCGGGACUCUUGUCCUAUGACAUUCCCUUCGACCUGACGAAAUACCUGGCGAAGGAGAAGGAGUAUUUGCCCUGGUCCGCCGCAUUCCGCAAUCUCGGAUACAUCAAGAACAUGCUCACCACCACCUCUCUCUACGGCAAGUUCAGGGAAUACUUACUCGGGCUGCUGGCCCCGCACCUGUCGUCCCUGCGACUGGAAGGAAUCGAUGACGUGGAGGAGUCGUACGAGAGGAUCGCGGACGUCUUCCUUUCGACCAACCUCAUGUCUUGGUCUUGCCAGCUGGACCAUUCCUCUUGCGUCUCGAAUGCCACCUUUCAGUUCCAGCAGUGGAUGGACAGAUACGAUUCCACUCAGCCGGACAAACCCCUGCUGAGUCCGAACACAAAGAGCAUCGUGUAUUGCUAUGGAGUGCAAGAAGGGAAAGAGAAAGAGUGGAACUUCGCAUUGAAACACAUGGACAAGACGAACGUGGCCUCGGAGAAGUCGAAGAUCAUGUCCAGCCUGGGAUGCACCAAUGAAGUCUGGAUCCUCAGCAAGUAUCUGGGAAUGAUGCUGGACGAGAAAUCCGGGAUCCGAAAGCAAGACAUCUCGAAGGUGUUCGAUAGCGUUGCCUCCAACGACGUCGGCAUCUACUUGGCCUUCGACUACAUCCAAGACAACUUCGACAAAAUCCGGGACUACUUGGGAGCGGGUGGCCUGUUCUCUCUGUCUCGAUUCGUGAGUCCGUUCGGCCGGAAAUUCAACACCCAAUUCUAUCUGAAGCUGAUGAAAGAUUUCUACAAGAACCACGAGGGUCGAUUGGGAGACGCCGAGAGGGCGACGAAGCAAGCCAUCGAAAAGGUGGAAUCCAACAUCGCUUGGAUGGAAUCCAAUUACGAACGCAUCUCCCGCUGGCUCGACGGCCAAUGAAGGCCGAUGCGAGUGUAAUGCCAUGGUGAGACCUUUACUACUCAGUGAUCGGUACCUAUCCAAUUCUUUCAUCGCACGUGUGAGUGCAGUCUGUCCCGUCCAAGUACUUAUUCAUCAUAUUCGAGUCGAAGUGACCGUAUUUGAUAUGAAUGUUUCACGAAUGAAGACCCGGUUCGAGAUGACUGGGGGAAUUUUCGUCAGA